UAGAUAGAUGAAGCCUUCAGUACUUACUAGCCUGGGAGACACGAACGCGCACGCGCGCACACCAGUCUAUGGCGCACACACACACACACAGAAACACUACUUUUUUUUUUUUUUUUUUUUUUUUUAGCAGUUGUGUCAUCAGCUUCUGGGUUUAAAUACUGCCACACCACCCUUCCUUAAAACGAGGAACAGUUUUGAGCUGUGUUUGGCUAAAAUAACCAGACAUUCUGCAUUUUUCCAAUAGGACUACAAAAAAUCUUAGCGAGAAGAAAAAAUGGCGGAUUGGCUCUGUGUUUAGCCGAGGGCCAUGACCAUAUUUGGUAGUUAUCCUGACGAAAUAAAUUACUGAUAUAAUAGAUAAUUUGAAAAACUGAACAGGUGGACAAAUAUGCCCAAAACUUAAUUAUUAAAUAUCUAAAUAGCAACUCCAGUGAAUAAUAUAAGCCUUUUUGCUCACUUAGACACUUAAAAUGUGAAACACACUGUGUUAAUGGAUAAAAAAGUGGGUUUUUCAGUUUUUCAUGUUAUGUCUCCUUUAAAUAUGCAAUUGUAACUCCCUGGCGCCACCUUAAAAACCUGCAGUUGGUAACAGGAUAUGAUGUCAUCAGUAAAUAGGAAGUAAGUCUGUGAAUUAAGGAGAAGGCGUGUGCAGCUUGGUGACCUUAGCCGGAUAAAUCCAGUGGCAUCCACACACAUCCUAUGUCUUUGGUAGCAUUGUGGGUAUGUAUAGACUUGUUUUAUAUGUUAUUUGCAUGCAUAAAUCAUUUUCUUUCGAGUAAGUUCAUUUUUUUUGUAAGUUUAAUGAUAAAACCGAUCGUGUGCAGUUUGAGCUAGCAAUCGCUAAUGGAGCUAGUUAAAGGGGAACAGUAAACACAUUAAAGCCAUUCAUUAUUGCGAGACUUGUUAAAAUCAUAAUUUGAUGUUUGUAAUUGAGUUAAAAAGAUAAGUAAUUCAUAUGGACAUUGCAUGUUGACAUAUUUAAAAAGAAACUGGGUUAAUACAUUUUCAUCAUUAUAUAUGUACAUGGUGAAUAAGUACAGUGAUUAUGCCUUGUACUGUUUGUUACAGUUUCACCUUUCCCUGUGUCAAUAAACCUGUGAACCGGGAAUCGUGUCGUCAGAGUCUUGAUGUGGGGAAGGAGUUUAGCUGACUGCCCAUCCCUAGCAGAGGCAGUACAGUGAAACCACACUUCCUAGCGGGCAAGAUAACGUGGAAACGCUGACAGAUGAUGCUGCCUGAGUCCUGGCAGGCAGCUCUGACUGCAGAACAGCAGGAGUGGAUCGGCCGGGUGCUGUUCACCAGGGACGAUGCUGGGAGGCCGCAUCUCAUCACGGAGCUCAGUCCCUGGUGGUACCCUCCCCAGCCCCGGGCGGUCUACAAUCAGCCUCUCGCCUCUCCCGACCCCUUCUUUGCAUGUCGGCUCUUCCUGUGGAUGCCUCACAGGAUGUGGCACCUGCAGCUGACGUGCCCCCAGCCUUUGUGCAGCGGCAUCCUGAUAAAGGCUGGGCUCUACAGGACCAUCCGGAGGGUCCUGGACAUCGACGGCUGGUAUCUCAUGGCCACUGAGUACCUGGAGUGCCAUCGAUGUAAGAAGAAGGUCGGAGGGUGGUCACAGGGCAUCUUAAGGCAGCUGCCCCCCACCUACAGCUGCCAGUUCCCAGCUGUCCUCACGUACAAGCUGUCCUGUGACCAGAGGGUGGUUGCUACGCUGAGAUCUCGCACUCUGGGCAACAGUGCCACUCAGCUGUGCAACACCCUGCGGGAGCAGCAUUCCGACGCCUGGAUGCGGAGAGCGAUUCAGUACCUCGGCGUCUGCGAGCAGUUCCUGGCCUUGGGUACCACAAGGGGGCAGAUCGCACCACCUCCCCAGAUGCCCCCUGUGCCCUCACCCGUCUGGCUGCUGACCGUUUACGGUUACGACGUGCUGACGCGGCUGGACGAGUACAAGGCCAGGAUCACGUCCACCUUCGGAUCCAUCCUAAAGAUGGAUUCCACAAAGAAGGUGACGAAGAAGCUCGCAGGUGCCGCCUGGGCUACCAACGUGGGCAACGAGCACGGCCAGGUCCUCAUGAGCGUCCUCACUUGCUGCGAGGGCUCCGAGGGCCUGUCCAAGAUGGCGGCCGGACUGAUGAGGCGGUACCGAUUAGCCGAGGUACCUGCCCCCCAGCUCAUCUACGUGGACCACGACUGCUGCAGACAGGACGGCGUGUCCAAGACGGCUGCCUUAUUUCCGGAGUGGGAACAGCUCAUUGUUCGGCUGGACAUCUGGCAUCUGAUGCACCGCUUCGCAUCAGGUGUCACCACAGAGAGCCACGAGCUGUAUCCCACCUUCAUGAGGCAGCUGUCUUACUGCAUCUUUGAGGUGGACGCCGAAGAUGCUCGCCGUCUCGUGGGAGCCAAGCGGUCCGAGCUGGAGGGGACGCACGGGAUGGUCAACCUGACGGACGCUGAUGUGAUCCAGCGGAUCAGCAAGGAGGAAUGGAGGCUCCACUGCCGCAGGAGGACGCGUGGAGCAGAGGAGUCGACGCUCCUCAUCCAAAACCUCCUUGACACCUUCAGAGGGCCCGCAGGACACAACACGCUGAACAUCCCGUUGCUAAACGCUCUCCUCAUCCAGGACAUCUGGGACACGCAGAGGCGCCACCUCAGCUGCAUCCAGGACCCCCCCUGGCGUGCAGCUGUACACCCAGACGGGCAGUCUGCAAAAAGGAGGGGUCAGGCUGCCCAUCUAUCGCUGCGCGAGGGGCUCCACUUCCCUGAAGUCCUUCCAUCUCCACCUGAACCGCUUCAUCCCAGGAACGUCGGCCAGUGCCAAGUACUUCCAGGCGUUCCUGAUUGAUGGACUGGUCAGGUGGAACGAGGACCGCGCAGCGGCAGCUGAGGGACACGAGGCGCCUCUGCUGUCCUACAGUGGCCACCUCAGGCACACCCUGAACCAGAAGAGCCAAAGGGUGCUUGGUCAUCAGAUGGUUAAGGACUUCACCAAGCCUGCUGCUUACACAGGUGAGCUCAUCGGGGUGGAGUACCUGUUCCAGCAGACAGGCCGCGUGCUUGAGGACAUCAGCAUGGACCCUGACGCUCCGGACGAGGCUGCUGCCGUCACCGACCUGGACGAGGGCAUACAGGAGGACGUGGGCGACUACGUCGCCGCCUUCGUCCUUGACGACCCGUCCACCAGCACUUCAGGAGCAGCCCGGUCAGGGGAUCCAGCUGUCGCACCCGGGUCUGAGCCA